AUGAGCUCACCGAGAGGAAUCCAGCGAAUCGCGCGGAGCGAGGGCGUGGAGAAGUUCAUCGAGGCAUUGGAGAUGGACGGCGGUGUCAUAAUCACUGAUUUCACGGACCCUGCGACAGUCGCGCAGGCUAAUGCGGAGGUGAAGCCGUGGAUUGAGCAGCAGAAGAAUAGCCAGGGGGCUAAGGUUGGCGCCCUCAGCGGCAACACCCGCACCGUGACCCGGCUAAUAAUGCGCUCGCCCACCGUGCGCGAGUCCUUCUACGCCGACCCCCUCUACCAAUCCCUCUGCUCGCACUUCCUCUCCCUCACCACCACAACCUGGUACGGCUCCGCCCCCCAAACCAGCACCUCCCCCCCUCUCCUCUCCAUCGCCAUCGCCUUCGACAUCCCCCCCGGCACACCCGCGCAGGGCCUCCACCGCGACGACAAGAACCACCACGCGCGCCACGCCCCCGCCACCGCCUACGCGCCCCACCGCGACGUGCUGCUCGGCCUCUUCGUGCCCGGGUGCGCCACGGCGCGCGCGAACGGCGCGACGCGGGUGGUCCCGGGGUCGCACUUGUGGGGGGACGGGCGGCCGGACUUCGGUCUCGGCGCCGAGGUCGUGGAUGCGGAGAUGGAGGUCGGCGAGGCGUUUGUGAUGCUGGGGAGCUUGUACCACGGGGGAGGGGCGUACGAGGAGGGGGGUGGGAGUGGGGAGAGUAGGACGGUGUACGCGAUGUUCUCGUGCACGGGGGUGCACCGGCAGGAGGAGGUUAGCUUUCUGUCGUAUCCGGUCGAGGAGGUGCGGACGUACUCGGGGGUUGUGCGGGAGAGGCUGGGGUGGAGGCAGAGUGAGCCGAACUUGGGGUGGGUUGAUUUGAAGAGCCCCGAGUUUCUACUUCAAGCAUGA